AUGCUGCCCUUCCUGAUACCCUCGGCUGCGCUGGCGCGUGCUUCCUCGCAGCUCGCUCGAAGGAGCCGGAUGCGCUUAUCGCAGCAAGUGUACCUGCCCAGUAGAUCUUCGUCGAGCUCCAUUAUCACGCAAAAUGUCUCCAAGACUGCUCGCCAUGAUCAGGACGCUGAGCAUCAAGAUGACGGAUCUGCGAGUCCGCCCCGUCCUCAUCGUGACAACACGGCCUUCACACAUUUCUUCGACAAACGGACACCCCCUCUUGCGUCCUCUCCUACUCUCGCACCAGCUAAAGCAAAGGCAUCUCACGAGAUCGUUUCAGCCUCUCGCGAUGCUGUCACCGCCUUCCGGAACGCCAUAAGCACUCGUGAGCCAGCUGCCAUCAUCGAAGCGUAUCAACUUCUCAUGCAAGCCCAUCACGCACAUGCUCAACACAUCCGGGGUGCUUCCUCACGUUUCGUUGAUAUUACCGAUAUUGGCUUUCCCAUCCGUAAGGCCGACAUUCAGACGGCCAUCCGACACAUGGUCAAGCAUGCGCAGAGAGAGGGUCACAUGACUCCUCGACUCUUCCAUGUGUGCCACCAGAUGUAUCGAGACAUGUCCCAGCAAUUCGGGUUUCGCAUCGCUCCAACAGAUCUGCAUCGGCAUUUGCAGACAUUCUGCCUGUCUGAUAACCCCACAAUGCACCCCUGCGUUGCUUUCGACCAGCUGCGUGCGAAUCACCCCGAAUGGCGGCCUAACUCUUCCGAAUGGGGUAUGGUCAUCGCGUAUCUUGAACGGCAUCGGUCGUACAUUCAUGCACUCAAGCUAUGGACGGAUGCGCUAGAAUAUGGUGUCGAGCCAGAGGAUCCGCUCCGUGAUACUAUGAUAAAGGUCUUCCUAGCCGUCAACAACAAAACAGAAGCUGAUGCCCUGCGCCAACAACUCAGCCAGCACGAGGCACACCUUGACAUCGAUACUCUCACCUCAGCUGUCGAAGACCUUUGCCAAGCCGUUUCUCAACUCAAACAAUCAGACCCGGAGCUGAUGAGCGAACUACGCACCCAUGCAAUGAAUCUGCAAAAAACGAUGGACUCAAACACCGAACUUGCCACACUCUCUUCGGCUUGGAAGGCUUUGUUGCGGUACGAGGCCAUCGUCGCCGGACCGGCGCACGCUCUGCAAACGGCCCGACAAGCGUGGAAACCUGGUCUGUUUGACUCCGAAACUCUGUCUCUGCUGUUGCGCUUGCACGAAGACGAGCUCAACGACCUCCAGAGCAGCGACGACGCCCUCGAGCUCUUGGACCGCAUCCAGUCCGCCUGUGAUCCGAAGCGUACGACACAGCCAGACGAUCAGUGUUAUAGCAUUCUCAUACAAGGUCUUCUGAACUCCUCCGGCUCUAAGGCAGAAGAUGCCUGUGCUCUCGAUCAAGACGGCAAUCUCGUACCUGAUGAGGACGGCGACAGAGGCCGCUCCACGUGCGGUCUACCCUCUCCCAACCAGAUUCGUGAAGCACAACUGCUGUACGACCACGUACGGGCCCUGGGCAUGCCUCCCACGCCUGUGCUGGCGAUGCCGCUGCUCACUGCGUACUGCGAAGCAUUCCUUCCGUCGCUACACUCAGCUAUGAAGCUCGUCCGAGAUGUGCUGGAAUAUGGAACUCCUUCAAGCCUGUCUGCUCGCAAGACGACUACCUCGACACGUCGCAAAACGUCCCGCUCCUGCUCCUCUGCUGUCGGUAUCUCGACCGUCCGACCUGUAAUCGACGCAUGCAUCAAGCUCAAAGAUCUUGCGUGCGCACGCGAUCUGCUCUCUCGACUACACGAGGCCGGAAUCGCCCUCGAACCCGCCCACAAACUCGAACUCAUGCGUCGACUGAUUGGCAUUACCACAUCAUGGACCCAGGCUUUUCAAGUCUACCGCACAGUCUCGCGCUUUCCCACACUGACCUCCUCGGGAACACGAUCCGAGGGAGGUCUGGACGAACGCGGCUACAUCUCGCUGCUCCAGAGCUUGCGUGCGCUCACCUUUACCGAUUCUCAGAACUCCACUGUCCUCCCCGCUCCACCGGAAGAAUUGCUUGGAAUCGUGCAAGACAUGCGUGCUGCAGGCCACCGACCCUCUUGUGCGAUCUACACGUCGAUCCUCGACUAUUACGCCAAGACCGCGCAGCCGAGCUUUCUGGGUGUGCAGUUGACGCACGAGAUGCUGAAACAGGACGAAGGGCUCGAACCGGAUCUGCCGCUGAUCAAUGCGCUGAUGAAUGCCUAUAAUCGUGCUGACGAACCGGCGAUGGUGUUGGCGAUCUGGGACAGUCUGAUGGCAACAAGGCAAGAGAUCGAUGGUGUCACGCUGUCGGUCUUCUUUGACACUGCAGGCCGGCACGGGUUGCUGUCGUUGGCAAGAAGGGCGAUCAGCACCGUGCGGAGGAUCGAAGCCCAGGGAACCGAGGCACGCGGCCGGUCGGCAAUGACCAAAGGUGCGUGGGAUUCGUGGCUGGAGUGUCUCGCUCGAUGUGGACGGUUGGAGGAGGCGAUCGAGCUGGCAUUUGGAGAGAUGAGAAAGACUCUCUUCCGGGAAGCCAUCGACGCACAUGAUCUGGACGAUGCUGCGGAUGGAGAGGCAGCUGUGCCAGUAGCUUUGCUCACAGUCAAGUCGAGCCAGACGCCGGUGAAGGAUCGACGUGGACAGGUGGUCGGUCCAGACGCAAAGACCAUGGGCACGUUGUUACGGUUUGCUGCUCGCGAGAGGGAUCGUAGACAGAAGCGGGUUAUGGGUAGCUUGUUUCCGGGUGCCACGUCGGAAGAUUCGCGGGGGAGAGGCACUUCCAUCUGGCACACGCUUCGUACAAGGAUCCGUGAAGAACUCAGCUGGCUCUAUCCUCAGGUCAAGCACAUUGGCGAAAACACGCCUCUCUAG